CCGGCUGGGUAGUUUGCGUCCGGAUAUCAUGGCUAGCGGAACUGAGCUCCUCCUACUGGGUCUCAGCUCGCUUUGUGCGCUCUUGCUCUUGGCGGGACUCGCUUCGGGGGAAGGAGUCCAGUGCUACGAGUGCAACCACGCGGAAUCUUCGUGCAACUCCAUGGAAGAGGCGACGGCCAGUGUGCGGGAGUGUCCUCUGUCAACUAUGUGCUCUUUGACCGUCAUGAAGCACGAGUAUCGCGGCGAGGUGUGGACCACCAAGAGGAGAGGUUGUGCCGUUCAGGCUGAGGAGUACCAGGAGUACUUCCAAAAGGAUUGGGUGAAGAAGCACCGAAUAAAGGAGUUUCCCGAGGGCUGCAUCGAUGUGGAUAGAACCACCCACUGCCUCUGCAGCGGAUCGUUGUGCAACUCAUCAAAAUCUUAUAGUUCUCCGGGUUUCCGGCUGACAAUUGUGCUGCUGAUCUCCUCGGCCCUCGCCUAUCGGAAAAUCCUUCUUCCCGUCUAGUUGGCGACACUUUUUGGGGUGUGUGCAAGGCAAUAAAUAGUUUACCACUUCCCGGAAUGAUUUGUAGGCCGCGAAAAAAUAGUUUUAAGCAGAUUACCGAUUUAUGUGCGACACUUUUCAAAGGUGAAGCCUUGUCAAUAAACUCACUGAUACCGAAUAAACCCAAACAAACUCGUUCUGACAUUGGAUAUGGAUCGUAAAUACUUGACCGGCCGGCCAGAUUAAAAUCUAACCAAUCCUACCUGGACCCUGAUGUGAUGAUGUGACGCAUUGAAGAAAGUGCGGGAUUUGGUCAGCUUUUUGGCCCGAGGUCAAUGCCAAAUACACGAUGCGUUGGAUUUGCUAAAUAAAAUAACACCAGCAGCACUCCUGCGGUGUGAAGAUCUCGUAUCUGAUUCGGUUGGCAUGCAAAUCAAGUGGCAAGCGUCUGAACAUCACAAAUCGGACUUGUAAUUGAUUAAAAAGUCAUCUUAUUUAAAUAUUUAUUAAGUAUUUGUGACUUUAAUGAAUGCCCCCAUAUAGAUAUCGGCAAGAGGCGAAACCGAGAGUCACCCGAAUCGAAUCGCCUCGCAGAGAAACAAUAACAGCACGCGUCGUGAUUCACGCACCACAAAUCUCGAAUCUCCAAUCUCCGAGCUCCAAGUUCCCAGCUCACAGCUCCAAGUGCUCGUGGAUCGGCCCUGCGAUCCCGUCUUGGGUCCCCAGAUCUGGGUUCAGCGUACGACCUUUGCAGUGCAGUGACUGUGACGCAGUAUCGAUACUCGGCACUCGGCACUCGAUACUCGAUACUCGGUAUCCAGCAGGCAGCAUUCAGCAUUUAGCAUUUAGGUGCUUCGAUACUCGGCAGUCGCAAGAUGCGGCGUUUUAAUCACAGUUUAUGUGGAUGGCUAUUAUUAAUCGGCAUAUGCCCGCCAAUGUGCGCUGACAAUCACUCUUCAUGCGGCUCUACACUGGAAACAAUUCGAGUUGAUCUUAAUGAAAAUCAAUAUACCAAAACAUAAUAAACUUUUGAUUUCAGAUCUACGAUGAUUUCGCAACGAUGAA